AUGGAGCUGUUCCAGGACGGCCAGCACGUGCGGCUGCGGAGCCGCGCGCGCGGGACGUACCUGCACGCCGACGACGACGGGCUUGGCGUCUCCCUCCGCCGGCUCCGCGCGUCGAUGAACGUGGCUUGGUUGGUGCACUUCUAUCAGGGCCAGUACCUGCUCUUCCAGAGCGCCGCCUACGGUGGCUACCUCGCCGCCACGGCCGCGCCGGCGCGGCGCGGCCACCGCGGACGCCGCGUCGAGCAGCUCGACUACUAUCACUCGGAGGUGGAUCUAAUGCUUUGGCAGGCCGUCCAGAUGGAGAACCUCUUCCUCAACCACAUCAACGGCGGCAACCUCCGCGCCAACGGGAGGUACCGCCGCUGGAACAACGGCGUCAGCGUCGACCACAUCGACGACAUCAACACCAUCAGCACCAUGAUGCACUGGGUCAUGUGGAGGUCAUCCCCGCCAGGGAGAUCAUGCCUCGCCUUCCACCUUCCCAACCUCGUGUUGCGGCCGCGGAUGAUCAUGUACGUGUGGCCGAACAUCCACGGGGGCCUCAUCACCCACGGCACGUUCGUGUUCGGUGGGAGGUCCGUGUUCCGCCUGAGGAGCGAGCUGGCUAGGCGGCUGGGCGACCUCGCAAUCAUGGACUUGGAGGUCGCCGACCUCGUCAUGUGCUUGCCCACGCAUGAUGGCCGGCUUAUUCCACUGGUCGUCGAUCUGCCCCGCAGCGGCGAGACCCUCCACAUCGUCGUCGUCAUCGUCGGGUCGCCUGCCUACAUGGUGCUGCAGUACGCGGAUGUCGAUGCAUAG